CACACUCACUCUCUCUCUCUCUCUCAAAACUAUCAACUCAGCAGCGUACGUAUUCAUACGAACGCAAAUUCCCCCGUUCGCUUCUUCUUCUUCUUCUUCUCUCUCCUCCCAAUCCCAAUCCUCGCUCUUCUCCUCUUCGCCGCUCUGCUCUUUGCCUGAAUGCUGAUUCGAGGGCGAAUUCGGGGCUAGGGCACGGAUUCGGCAGCGAGAGAAGAUGCGAUUGAGGGGUUGUUCAAGGGUUUAUUAGCUAGCGCGACUACUUUCGUUGAUUCUUCACUUGCCAUCCAACAGUCAGGUUUCUAGGGUUUAAGCAUGAAGGGCGCGUCAGAUCGAACCAAGGUGGUGGUCCGGCAGUUGCCGCCGACGAUUUCGGAGGCCGCGUUCGCCCAGCAAAUCGACGGCCGCUUUCCUGGGCGCUACAACUGGGUUUCUUUCCACCCCGGCAGGAGCAGCCAGAAGCAUCAAUCGUAUUCUAGAGCCUACAUUGACUUCAAGACACCUGAGGAUGUUGUUGAUUUUGCUGAGUUCUUUGAUGGACAUGUUUUUGUCAAUGAGAAGGGUGCUCAACUUAAAGCAAUUGUUGAGUAUGCCCCCUCACAACGUGUUCCAAAGGAGUGCUCCAAGAAAGACGGGCGUGAAGGGACCAUAUUUAAAGAUCCUGAGUAUCUUGAGUUCCUUGAAUCUAUUGCAAAGCCCGUGGAAUAUCUUCCUAGUGCAGAGAUACAACUAGAGAGAAGGGAAGCUGAACGAUCUGCUGCUGCAAAGGAUGCUCCUAUAGUCACACCACUGAUGGAUUUUGUUCGUCAGAGAAGAGCUUCCAAGGGUGGAACUGGGAGGUCUUUGUCCAAUGGGAAGCUAAACAGAAAAACUGCUGGAUCAUCAUCUGGAAAUGUCAGUUCUUCAUCAAGAAGAGGUUCCAAGAAGUCUACAGCGAUGUAUGUUUUACGGGAUCCUGCAAAGAGUGCAAGUGGAAAAGACAAAUCUACAAGCAUUGUGCUCUCCAAAAGUGAUGACCAGCAGCCAUCUGACAAGUCUGUUACUUUAGCUGCUGCAUCUGGAACUGAGGUCUUUGAAGAGGAAGUUGGAAUAUCGGGAGGCACUCAUACACCAAAGAAGAAAAUCCUGCUUUUGAAGGGAAAAGAGAAAGAAAUUCCUCUUGUGGCUGGACUGCAGAAGAGUGCAACAUCUGUUAAAAGUUCACUUGGUUCAAGUCCUGUUAAACAAAACCAGCAACGUGAAGCCAGUGGAAGGAUAAUUAGAAGCAUACUUCUAAACAAGGAUGCUCGCCAAAGUCAAUCAUCAUCUGCAGUUCAUUCUGAACAGCAAUCCAAGUUCUCAAAUCUGGAAAAGGAGAAAAGGCCUCCUCGACCCCAGAAUUUUCAACUAUUCUCAAAGGAUACCAACGGAGCACUGGAAGACAAGGUUAUUGGGGAUGAGUCACAUGGUUUUCCCAGUGAGAAGCAUGACAGACAUACAAGGAACAAGGAUAGGCCUGACCGCGGUGUUUGGGCUCCCCUUCGCCGUUCAGAUGGAGCUCCUGCUAGUGUUGAAUCUUUAUCUUUGUCUGCUUCUCGGUCUAUGCGGUUACAGCCUAAUUCUGCCGAAGGUUAUGGAGAAACAAAAAUUGACAUGGCAAAUGCAAGGAGUGGGGAGGUCAAAACUGUUGGCGGUGGGCGUGUGAGUGAUAAUGGUUUCCAUAAACACAGUGGUCGUAGGGGUCUUGUUCAUGGUGUGAAGGAUACUGAUAGGUCCUCUAUCUUAAGUGAAGGGAAGCCCUUGAAGAGAGGAGGUUCUUCUGCCCAUGGUUCCCAUGAGAAACAAGUGUGGGUUCAAAAGUCAAGUGCUGGUUCUUAGGGCUGUUUUAACUGUGAAAUUACUGGACUUCUACCGUCUUGGUUUAAUGUAUAUACUAGUGGAUGGAGGCUAUUUCCGCUUGUCAAGGAAAAAAUGGUUUUUCUACGAGACCGUGGAGGAACUCCAGGUAACUUGGAUGCUGCAGAAAAUUGGUGUAUUUGCAAUUUGGGGGGGUUGAAAGUCUGCUGAUUACUUAAGUCAAAGGUGGGCAGAAAGGGAGCAACGAAAGCAAAGCUGGGAGAAGAAACAACACCAUUAUUAUAUAACAACACAAUUUUUGUAGACGCAACCCUUGAAUGGGGUUUUGCUUGCAAAGAGGAGCUAUGGUAUAUCUAUCUCACUCUUGCAAUUGACAGAACUGGUAUCGGGAAUACUUAGUUCACAGGGGUUUGCUUUCUGUAAAAACUGUAAAUACAGAUCUGGGAUAGAUGCGUAUAUUGCUUGCACGUUGCUAAAUAUACAAUGCUUCGUUGAGCUGAUUAUGAUGCCCCGAUGCCGUUGGCGAGCUGUGUUGUUUUAAGCCCCAGGGCACAUAGUUGGGUCGUCUUAAUUUGUAACUGAAGAAUUUGGGUUUUGUUUUGAGAGUUUGAGACUGGUAGCAGCCACCUUGGGCAUAGGAAUGAAUAUAUAUGGUUUUAAUCUUUGACUUGUACAAGUACAAACUGGGGGGUGACUGGAAUAUGAGAGGAAGUUGGAUCUGGAGAGUCUCUUCUCUUAAUCCAUAUGGUGUGUUGUGGUUUAUGAGGCAGCAGAACAGAAAUGGAAUAUAUGCACAUAAUAUAUGUUAUAUGAAGAAGCUUUGUUCCUUUUGGACACUGCUCUUAAA